UUCAGCUAUAAAGGCAGAAAGUGGCGCAGAUUGUGCGCUCAGAGCGACGUUACAGCUGACAGGUGGCUCACAUUUUACACACUAAACCAUCACUUCUGCCCGCAAACAACAUGCCAAAGUGCCCGAAGUGCCAGAAGGAAGUUUACUUCGCUGAGAAGGUGACAUCGCUGGGGAAGGACUGGCACAGACCCUGUCUGAAAUGUGAGAAGUGCGGCAAAACACUGUCAUCAGGCGGACACGCGGAGCAUGAUGGCAAGCCGUACUGUCACAAUCCUUGUUACGCUGCGCUCUAUGGACCAGGAGGAUUUGGACGCGGUGGAACAGAGAGCCACAAAUAUUAACACACCUGCACAGCUUCAGGUUCUGUGGUAGAACAUUGCCUGGUAAAUUGACUGAAGACGCCUGCAUGCAUAAUAAAAAACAGCAAAUAAAGUGCUUUUAAAUGGA